ACGGUACGCGCUUUCACGAAAAAUUAAACAUUUUUUAUCAACAAGAAGAAAACACGGUGUAGUAAAUAUUCCAAUUGUAGAUAGUUGACGCUCCAUGCCAGAAGUUUUCAAAGUUCUAUAAGCCUUGUUGCAAAUUAAGAAUGACAACGGUAAACAAAGAUUUGCAAAAAGAACGCGAAAGGUGUACAUUCAAUCCUUUGGAAUUGACACAUUUACUCGAUGGAGGUGCAGAAAAAACUGCUAUACGGCAAGAGAGAGAGAAUUUAUUUUUAAGUGACCCACAACUGCAGGACAGCGUGCCUGCCGAAUAUAAGAGUCAUAAAGAGAAGUACGAAGAUGCUAUUCGUAAAGGAUGUAGGGUUCUCGAAAAAGUGCAGCAACUUCAAGAACAAGGGAAAGCAGAUAUGGAUGUUUUCUCACAAGUACUCGGUGGCAUGUUAGGAUCAGCUAUCUUGAAAGAUGGGAAUCCGUUGACUCUACACUACGUUAUGUUUAUUCCUGCACUUAUGGGACAAGGCACUGUGGAACAACAAGGAUACUGGAUAUCGAAAGCCUGGUCAUGCAGCAUCAUUGGAACAUAUGCACAGACCGAACUUGGCCAUGGAACUUUUAUUAGGGGAUUGGAAACGACAGCUACUUACGACACUUCAACCCAAGAAUUCGUUCUUAACAGUCCAACUUUGACUUCUUACAAAUGGUGGCCCGGUGGAUUGGGUCAAACAGCCAAUUAUGCUGUGGUUGUGGCACAACUAUAUACUCAAGGAGAGUGCAAAGGUAUCCAUCCGUUUGUCGUCCAGCUUAGAGAUGAAGAUACUCAUGAACCGUUGCCUGGCAUCAAAAUUGGUGAAAUUGGCACGAAAUUGGGUAUGAACGCGACAAACAAUGGAUUUCUUGGUUUUGAUCAUGUUAGAAUACCCAGAGAGAGUAUGUUGAUGAAAAAUUCACAGGUCUUAGAAGAUGGAACGUAUGUCAAAGCUCCAAGUGAUAAGUUGACAUAUGGUACCAUGAUGUUUGUACGUGUGGUGCUGAUAAAAGAUAUUGCGAGAUAUUUAUCGAAGGCGGUUACAAUUGCAGUAAGAUAUAGCGCAAUUCGACGACAGUGUCAAAUUACGUCGGACAAACCAGAGGUGCAAAUAAUCGAUUAUGUUACCCAACAGUAUAAACUGUUCCCUCAACUGGCUACAUGUUUUGCAUUGUCAAUGUCCGCGGAAUGGAUUUGGGACAUGUACAACAAUGUUACUGCUGAAUUAGACCAAGGCGAGCUAGAAAGACUUCCUGAGUUACAUGCACUAUCAUGCUGUUUGAAAGCAGUUGCAUCCUCAGAUGCAGCGACGGGAAUAGAACUAGUGCGAUUAUCUUGCGGUGGCCAUGGUUACAUGGCUGCAAGUAAUUUGCCAGCCACUUACGGCUUGGUUACAGCUGCGUGUACAUAUGAGGGUGAAAAUACUGUAUUAUUCCUCCAAACGGCUAGAUAUUUGGUCAAAGCUUGGAGACAAACAAUCAGUGGUCAAGAUUUACCACCAACUGUAAAAUACUUGACUCAGCUUUCUCGUGGCACCAAACAAAAGCCUUGGAAGAAUACGCUUACGUGUAUCAUAAAGGCUCAUCAAUCGGUUGCAGCUGGAAAAAUUCGGCUCGCAACGGAAAAUAUGGACAGGCGAAUACGGAGCGGUUUAUCGCAGGAAGAAAGUUGGAACCAAACGAGUAUUGAACUGGUACAGGCAGCAGAAUCCCAUUGUCGACUGUUUAUCGUCGAACGAUUUAUUAUUGCAGUGCGAAAUUUGACCAGGAUUUCUGAACAAUUGCAUACAGUAUUAACACAACUUUGUGAACUUUAUGCUGUCUACUGGGUAUUGCAACGAGUCGGAGACUUUAUUCGGUUUUCAUGUCUAAAUGUCGAAGAUGUUCCCGUACUUCAGUCUCGCCUGGAAGAACUAUUGUCUCAAAUUCGUCCCAACGCUGUUGGAGUAGUCGACGGGUUUGAUAUUAGAGAUGAAAUCUUGGGGUCAGCCCUUGGAGCAUACGACGGAAAUGUGUACGAACGUCUGUAUGCCGAGGCGAUGAAAAGUCCAUUAAAUAAAGAGAGUGUUAACAAAUCGUUUCAAUUGCAUCUCAAGCCUUUCCUGAAAAGCAAUUUAUAACAACGGAAGAAGUGUAAAAAAAAAUAUCAAGAUAUCUCUGGCAUCAGGGCUGCGAUCAACUGAUCAACAGAACUCGAAUACUCAACUCAACUCGCAACGAUUCUAUACAAUAUACGUGGGUCCUAUAUUAGUCUAAUUGUAAAAGAUAUAAAUCUCUGCAAAUUUCAUACAUACAUUAUACUGAAAGCCAUAUUAUUUAUCCCGACAACAUUGCAAGAUUUUUAUGCUACUACUUUAUAAUAUGUUCAACGAGGCUGUUUGACCUAUAUUCUUUUGUAAUCACAUCCCAGUAUUACCAUCCACCUCCUUUUUCAAAGUCCAUCAAGCGAAAUGUGAGGUUCACAUCAGCAAUCGUGUGUUCACUACUUUACUAGCAUUUAAUACAAUAGUUUACAAAAAAUCAACUCAAAUCAAGACAGAAGUCAGGUAAAGAAAGCGUGAGAAGUAUCUUAAUCAACGACAUUUUACGUUCAAUUAUGAACGUACUUUAGUUUAAUUGAAUUAACAAUUGGUUUGUGCGUUGAAUAGUUUGGGUAAAGGAAACUUGA